GUUGCGAAGACGGCCCGCAGUCUCUUCGAAGAGCUUGGCUCUGAGCAGGGCGUGGAGCAAGCGCGGGAGAUCAUCGACGGCGACUACCUCCGACAGAGGGAGCAAGAAGAGACCGGCGUCACCGCGGCCACUCCGAUGGCGAUGAUGCCAUCCGAGGCACAAAUGUACGGCUCGGGUGGCAUCGGUGGCCGAUCGGGUGGGCCGAUGCCAAUGGGAGGUGCGCCGCCCCCACAGCAGAUGGCUGCUGCGCCCAGUGCCGCCCCACCUGCACCGCCACCGAAGGGUGGGCCGACGCUGGAGCAG